UGAAAUUAAGCAGAAACAGUUAACGAUGAAGUUUCUACUGAUAAUUUGCUGUGUUAUAGGGUCCUCGUUACAAUGCCCAGAUCAGGACCCGAAUUUGCUAGAUUGGAAUAACCCCACAGCUUGGGAAGGUGGAACGGUGCCACAACUUGACAGUGAUGCUACACUUAUAAAAAGUGUCUUACUAAAUAGCCAGCCGCCUAUCUUACGUGAGCUGACUAUAGCGUCUGGAGCUAAGCUGGUUUUUGAUCCAACCACAGACGUUCAUCUACAGGUUCACGCCAUAUACAUCGACGGAGAAUUUCAUAUAGGAUCAGAGACAUGCUUAUUUGAAGGAAAUGCUCACAUCACAUUUUUAGGUGAGAUUGGAGAAGAAAAAAUUCUCUUGGUUAGAACGGGAGGCACUUUCGAAGUCCAUGGGUCAAGGAAACUACCAUGGACAAAAUUGGACGGAACUGCACCAAAACUUCAGAAAACUCCUGAUAUUUUGGAAGGAAAGGACAAUUUAGAUUUUUGUAACGAUAAAUGCCAGGAUGGUUUAUUAGUCUAUCAAAUCGAUCCAAGCAGUGGACAACUGAUAGCUGCUCAUAUAUUUGAUUUCACGGUACUUAAUGAAGAAAUAGAUGAACGGAUUAACCAGUUUGUUGAUUAUCUUGGAGACAUUCCUGUGGGUCGUAUAGUUGGAAUAGGACUGAAGAAACAGAUCGUAGAUAACAAAGAACAUGACCUCACACGAGUAUUUCAAGCCAUUGAAGAUUUGGUAGAUACAGAUGUGGAAAGCCAGCUUCGAGGAGUAGACAGAGGAAGCGCAUUUGCAUUGUUCGCCGUGAAAGGUGAUAAAAGUAAAACUGUGGAGGUGUUUGAAUCUAACGUUAAGGCACAUCACAGUGUUACGGCAAAAUUAUAUCAGGGAGACUAUGCAUACGUGAUGGAGAGCUAUGUCCGUAAUCUAGGCAUGGGAUGUGAAAAUAAAGUGGAGCUUCAUGUUUAUGACGAUGCUUUGUAUAGGCCUACUAUCACCCUGCUUGAUGAAGUUACAACAUGGUUGCCAGGUGAUAAACUGAUUGUUGCUUCUACCGACUAUAAUCCUGAACAAGCUGAAGAAGUAACUGUUUUGUCCAUACCAUCAUCUCAUCAAGUUCGUCUGACAGAGCCAUUGAAAUUUACACAUUACGGAAAUAUUUACAAAGGUGUUGAUAUGAGAGGAGAAGUUGGAUUGCUGUCCAGAAAUGUGAAAUUUGAUUCCAAAGAAGCUUCAACGAGUGAUUUCUACGGCGGACAUAUCAAGGUUUUGAAAGAUUUUGCUUCAGUUCAUAUAGAAGGCGCCGAAUUAGAGGGAUUAGGUCAACAAGAAGUUUUAGGUGCAUAUUCCAUCCAUUUUCACAUGUGUGAGGAUGUAAGCCAACCGCGGCCUUGGAUACGACAAAACUCUAUUCAUCAUUCGAAAUCACGAUGUAUAACAAUUCACCAUACCAUGGGACUUAUUAUUGAGCAGAAUGUAUGUUAUAGAACCAUCGGCCAUUCAUACUUCUUUGAGGCCGGUUCAGAGCAAAACACCAUAAUGGAGGGAAAUCUUGGAUUAGGUACAUCUAAACCUCCACCUGGAAGAGGAUUAAUUCCAACAGAUACUGCCUGUCCAACAACUUACUGGGUGACGAAUCCAAAGAAUAGUUUUAGGAAAAACGUGGCUGCUGGUAGUUUUUGUCGAGGAUUCUGGUUCAAUUUUCCAGACGAUCCAUUAUUACCAGAUUCAUAUACUGGUAAUGCCUAUAUGUUAAAUAAAGAGGCUAGAUUUACUGCUAUCCACCAAUUUGACGAUAACACGGCUCAUUCAAAUGGCGGGGCCGGAGGAUUUUGGGACAAUAUACUUAAACCAAAUGGAAAAUCUGAAGGCUAUAAUCAAUACAGACCAAUGAAAAAUCCUGUAGAAAACAACUGCAUCGCCAAUCCUAAAGGCUGUGAGGACGAUUGUGUCUAUCUCAGAAGAUUUACAGCUUAUAAGAACGUCAGACAGAAUGCAUGGGUAAGAGGAGGAUGCAUGAAACUCGUAGAAUCAUCAUUUUCAGACAGUCUUUCUAGCGUUGUUCUUUUAAGAGAUACUCCAGCAUAUCAAUUUUUGGAAAAAAGUAUCAUAGUUGGUGAUUCGGAUAACUUUGGAGAACCUGAAACAUUUCUAUCACCAACAGUAAACUUGCAGAGAUCAUUCCCGUUUGGUAGAUCAAUGGGAAAUCGCAAUCUAUUGCACGUUGGAGUCGAGUUUAUGAAAGGACCAGUCUACAUCACUGAUGUGAGGUUUGAGGAUUUCAAAGAUACAGACGGAUACUAUCAAAUGGGAGCUCUUGGUUUCCGCCGGAAUAAUGUAGCCAAAAGUUCAGCAAGGUCUACGGUUAAAAACGCACAGUUUGGAUUUGCAGACCCAACCGAAGGAAAUCGUGUCAAAGAUUAUGACAAUGAUGAUGAUCUAUAUACUGAAAGAGAUGGGGAUGACAUUGCAAACUUUCGGGAUGCAGAUAGAUCUGUAACCCGAACUGAUGUUUGUAGUGAGGCAGUUGCAGUAGUAAGACCGGAACCGUUCCAUAUGACACCAGAAUGUUAUGAAAGAACAAGUUGGAAUAUGGCGUGGUGUUGCCAAAAUUUUGGAGAGAUAAGAGUUCAAGAUAGUUCAUCAACCAAUGAUGCGCACUUGGUUACCAUGGUACGUGAUGACGUCAGCACGGCCAUGAUGGAGUCUGACAUGGAACACAAUGCUCCCUUCCUCGUAAUACUCGGUGGACAAUACAGUUAUUCGAUGUUUUUCAAUAAUCAAAUUCCGAAUCCAGUAAAAAUCUUAACAGAAGCAGUUUCAAACUCAGGUUACGUGCGAGUUGGUGUCUGUUUGCCACCAAACGCAGAAUUUCAAUUGAAAAUAUUUCAUCCAUCGACGUUCAGAACAAUAGACAAAUGGACUCUUGUAGAUAAUAUUCAUGACCUGGACUCGGAUACAGAUGGUGGAAAGUAUUUCUAUGACAAAAACACAGGGUACUUCGCCACUGUAUUCAGAAAUCAAAACGAUUUUUUGGAUGAUGAAUAUCAUCCAAAUCCUCGCAACAGGGCAAUACAGCUUACAAUUGAUAUCAAAAGUGGGGAUAGAGCAGGCAACGAUUGUCUAAGUAAUGCAAGAAACUCAUUUGGAGAUCUCAGUCCAAAAGUGUCAUUAAAGAGAAAUCUAAAAGCCUUGCUGAGGAGCUUACUCAAUGAUGUUCGAGCAAAGAGAUCUAUCAGUGGGGAAGAUAAUAAUCGAGAAAUCCCAGCAGACGGAGCAAUCCCAUCUGAAUGGGGAGCAGGAUCAACACAUACACCAUGGGUUACUCCCGCUUAAAGAGGAUUAAAUAUGCUAUAUAACCCGUAUUAUUGAUGAUGACUGGACCGAAAAGGAUUGCAAAUUCCACAAUUGUAAUGAGACUGAAGGCAUAUUGCUAUUUUUUUAUCAUUUUUAUUUUUCUAUCGUGUAUUUUAAAAAAAACAUAUUGCUCAUGUCAAUGUUUUAUAUGUUUCGUAAAUUAAAAUAUCACUUUUA